UGAGAACCAGCCCUAGACCUCUACUUGAGGGUCCUUCCUCUGAAGACAUCACCAGUGUGUGGAGCCUGUCCCACACCCACCCCCUGCCAAACCACGGCCUUUACUUGUGUGUUCCGGUGUUUCCCGUGCGAUCCAUCCUGUGGGAGUGCCUCGUGGGCCACCCCGGAGUUCACUCCACGCUCAACAGCGCCAAUGGUGAAGAUGACAAGAUCCAAGACUUUCCAGGCUUAUCUGCCCUCCUGCCAUCGGACCUACAGCUGCAUUCACUGCAGAGCCCAUUUGGCCAAUCACGAUGAACUCAUUUCCAAGUCGUUCCAAGGAAGUCAAGGACGAGCAUACCUCUUUAACUCAGUUGUUAACGUGGGCUGUGGGCCUGCAGAAGAGCGAGUGCUACUCACAGGACUGCAUGCAGUGGCAGACAUCUACUGUGAGAACUGCAAAACCACUCUGGGCUGGAAAUAUGAGCAUGCCUUUGAGAGCAGCCAGAAAUAUAAAGAAGGCAAAUACAUCAUUGAGCUAGCACACAUGAUCAAGGACAAUGGCUGGGACUGAUUGGAGAACACCCGCCCAGCCCAGUGUCUAUGUGAACACCAUCCAACUGAACAUUCUACCCAAGCGUGAGAGAGUGACUGAACACUCGGUUCCAUCCAUUUAGGGGCCUUGCCAUCUGGGCAUUUUCCCACCCUGACACCAUCUUUCUGGUGACCGGCCUCUAAAUCGCCGUCUCUCUGUCUCUUUGCUUUGUAUCCGUUUGUGAGUUGAUCCUGGCUUCUCUCUCUGUUCUUGUGUUGGCUGAAAACAAAACAACAAAAGGAACAGAUGCCUGACCGCAUGGCAGUAGCCUACCUUGAUAGGGCUCAGGCCCCAUGCAAGAGCUGCUUGAAGACCUCCUGUCAGGAGAGCAGUGGCACAGCACAGGGGUGUGAAGAAGAGGGGAAGGGGGGAACCUUAAGGGUCCCGGGGUGGGCAGGGAUGGGAAGGUAGAGGAGGAACAAAAUUGUGCUGCUCCUGGAAACCUGGUAACUUAGGCUUGAAAUAAUCGACUUGUCUAAAAGGACAAAGAGAAAAAUAUACCUCAUGACUGCCUUCUCUCUGAUCAGAAGUUUCUGUUCCUGGCACCACAUGUGCCAGGUUAGCAAAUGAGCACAAGAAGUGACCCUAGUAGCUGGUGGGACAGGAGCCUGCUUCUCCUUUACUGAGUUGGGGAGUGUCCUGGUCGCAAUGAGUGACUUAGAAAAGCUCCAAAUGGGUUUCGAUCACUCUGAUGCCUCCCUGCCCCUCUGAGUGAUCUUUGCCUCUCUGGCCACUGUAGGUGAGAGGAGAGGGGACUGUCAUUUGCAAUGGGUACAGUAUCCAAGCAUCCCAAAGGCUUUGACCAACAACUAAGUAAAAUCAGUAAGUGAGGAGAACAGGGAGCAAAGGGUGCUGCAGUUUGGGAGUCUGUAGAAAUGGCACAGACGUUGGGCCAGGAAAAAAGAAAAGCAGAAGCAGUUAACAAUGCCAAUAAUUAUGCCCUUAAAAAAAUGACUCUUAAUAAGAGGAGAACAUUGUGUGGCAAGGAAGGGGGUGGGUGGGGUGAUGCUGGGAUUAGUUUAGUUUUGAACCAUUACAGACCAGGUGCAUCAUUCCUCCUUCGUAUGCAGUGAUCAGCGAUUCUCUGUACAUUUUCUCCAGUUAUUUCUUUAUAGAUUGUGGAAAACAAAGUCACAAGGUUUUGAGCUUAGUGGUAACCUGGCAGAUAGGCUCCUCAUGUCCCUAGCUGUUCUCUUUGGGCUUAAAUGCUUUGUGUGGAAAGAAAUCUGUUAGUGUGGUCCUGGAAAUGAAGUGAGGGAUCGGUUUGAUAUCAAACUUAAAGUCACGAAUUCCAGUAUUGACCUCCCUCCACACCCUGUGUUCCCAUCUAAAGUUCAUCUUAUUAGGGAAUUGGAAAACAAAUCCCUGGUAAGGUUCAUGAGAGAGGAGUUUGUUACAUUUAAUCAACACUGUGAAGUCUGUUCUACAUAGAGCAGUUCAGCCAGUUUAUGGUGCAUGACCCAAAAUCAUUGAACUGAGUUCAUUUCACUGCUUAGACUAAAUAUAUUACUAUUGUUAAGAUGUAUGUAGGAUACAUUAGAUAAUUCUCAGCAUCUCAUUCUCCAAAUAGUCUGAUCCUAUAGGAAAAGUCACCCAAAAAGUCCAUAGAGAAAAGAAUCUGUAAAAUUGGUUAACCAAGAUUGAAGUAGCAAAACUAGGACAUCCUCAGAAUUGAACUAAGUUCAAUGAAUCCAGGAUGGAAAUUCCUUUUUGCUUUUUGUGUCUCUGGGCCCUCACUGAAAAUUGGAGGGCUCGAAAUGGACAAGGUCCUUCCCUGCCAGUGGUGGGAGGACAGCAAGACCGACAGAAAGUGGGUAGCUGCAGGUUUAGCAGUAGCUGCCUCUGUGAGACAGACUGAGUCUUAGAGAUCAGGGCUGGUUCCCAACGGCUUCUUGCCCACAUCUUUGGUGCUUUAGUAGCCCAGGGAGAAAAAAAAAUCCCCUCUGCAUGACUAAAAAGUGAAAUGAGGUUCAGAAGUAUUUCAUUUUUGCUCCCAGAGAAACAGUUCCUCUGACUCCCAGACCCAAGAUAUCUAGAUAGAUAGAUAGAUAGAUAACAAAACAGCAAAACAUUUUCAACUUUAACAUUCCUAUGUUGGUUUGCUAGCACGGAAAUCAUGGAUUUUCUUCUCUCACCCAGAAGGUAGUGGCUUUCAUUUGAUUUCAUCUUGAUUAGCCCCUUUGCUCAGGGUACGUCCUGGCUAUUGCUAAACACGGGUUGGUGUUUUGUCUUUAAACUGUGGUAACACAGAAACCAGACAUGGGGUGCUCUAGAAUUUUCAAGGGCAGAGGAAACUAAUGUGCCACUGUUCUUUGGGAGUGGGACCUCUCUGAGCAGUGCAUGGACGAGAGCACCUAUCAGUUAGACCCUGGUUCUGUUACUUUUCAGUUACUGUCCACCGAGCGUCCAGUGGGUGCCUGGCACCACACUCGGUGCAAGGGAUCUCAGUAAAGCAUUGGUUUUUCCAUAACUGUAAGGAAAAUAGAAGACUCAUUAGGCUUUCCCAUUGUGUCAGUGAAACCAAAAGUGCUCCUUACAACCUAAGCUUCAUUUAUGGCUUGUCUGAUGUCUCGCGGUAUAGAGAGACCACAGCUGCUCGAUGGGAAUUCCUGUCCUCAGUCAGAUCAUUCUUUAAUUUCCUCACCAAAUUAUUGACUCAGAGCAUAACCAAAGACCUCACCCCACUUCCCCCAUAGGUUCACAGAAUUGAGUUUGAUGGUAGAAUUUAGGCAGGGUGUGGGGAGUACAGAAGGGGAAAGGGAGAAAUGAGAAAGGGAAAGGCGUGAAGUUCUAUACCUCAGCCAGUAGCUGCCUUCAUUUUUAACUGAAGUCCAGCUGGCAGACUCCCUAGUUUCAUCUCUCCUGUGCCACCCUCGGCCAUAUGCCCUUGGCUGCCCUGGAUUACACCCGACCCCCCAGGAUAUUCAUCUUGGUCUGCUGAUGGGUUGACUUGACUUGAAUCAAAUGCAGCCAAAUGUGGUGCCCCACAGGGUGUCAUUUGGACUUGACUGAGUGCUACCCCAACACCUGUGACAGUAGGAACAUGCAGACAGGGUAGAGUCCAUCUUACUGGUGUUUCAGUGUGUGACAAAGGUGUCCCCUUUAUAAAAAGAUUUUCAAGUGGAAAUAUAUAAAAGAAACAAUUGCUUGUGAAAUAUACUUUUGUAAAUAAUAUUUAAUUUUUUAAAUAAUAUAUUUGGUGCUGUUUUCUCAGAUCUCCUGAGAGCACUUUUUAUUUUGAUUUUUAAAUGCUAUGGUUUCCUCUGCAUUUCUUGAAGUAUACUUUAAGGGAAACAGUGAUCACCAAUAUACUCUUUUUUAAAGAAGAUCUGUAUAAUUUUAGUCUGGAUGGAGACUAUAAAGCAAUGCCUCCCUGCACUUUUUUCCCCCAUGAAACAGACUCUGCAGUACCUAACCAAGAUGAAAAUUGAAAUAUUUUCUGGCACCAGUAUUGGCUAGAAAAUAUAUUCACUAAAGUCAAAUUUAGUGACAAUUUAGAUUCCUUUUGUUGGAAGAACGUCCAACAAAUUAGAACUUUAUUUUUUUUAAGAGCGCGUGUGUAUGUGUGUAUAGCAUCUUGAAUUGUGCCUCCUAUUUUGUUUAGUUUUGUUUUUCUUUUUGGGGACACUCUACCUACAGUUUACACCUUGGGCACAUAAGUUUUUCUUCUUUCUCUCUGGCUGUUUUGCUUCUGAGCGGACCAACAGCAUAAACCACAAUUAUUGUUUUCUUGCGCAUGGAACUGUUGCCAGUUUGUUCCUUUUUCUUUGUGUGCUCAACUUCUGCAGACCAUAUGGAAAUCUGUUGUUCGUAAAGAUCAAGCGGAGUCAAAUUACGUUUCUGAAAUGUGAAUGUACACCCCAGCCUCCAGCUAUUAUAGCUAUUACAUCAUGUUAAAAAUCAACUGGUUUGGAUUUUAAAAAGAUGAAUAAAAGUGAUACGCAUACCUUAUAGGUGUAAAACAAGUUACAGCUUUUUUUUUUUGAGAAUCAGAUUUUCCCAGGUUCAGGAAGGGGCUGUGAAAUCAAAUCUUGAACACAAUCAGCAUUUUAAAAGUAUCUGCCUUAGAUGAGAAAACAUGCUAGUGGCCUAGGUAGAGGAAAGACAGAUGUAAUUUUAAAAAUUAAAGUCAUGAAGUCCGUCAGCAGUGAAAGGUAACACCAAGAAGAAACAAAUUAUUCUCAUGUUACCAAAUUCUAGCUGCCCCCUAUGUUUUUCUCUUAACAUUUUGGUUAAAGUGAGAGUUGGUUCCCCUUUCCCAACCUGCAGAGACUAUCUUUCAAUACAGAAUCUGUCUGUUUAUGCUUGUGUUUACAAACUUAUUUGUUGGGUUUGGGUUUUGUUAUUUUAUUUUACUUUGUUGGGGGAGGGUGGCAUUUUUCAGGUCACUUUGCUUCAAUAACAAAGAUAAUUAUUUUCAAGUAAUUUGUUUUCAUUUUUUUCCUAUAUUUGUAUAUAGUAAUUCAGUAUUAGAGAAAAGUACAUUGUUUCUGUCAUAUUUCCAAUCUG